AUGUUCUGUCUACGGAGCUGGAUUCCUGUUCUCUUCUUUCUGCUACGUACCAAUGCCUCGCCCGUCUACCUUGUCCUCUUCAUCUCCGCAACCUACUUCCUCAACCGUCCUUGCGUAUACUGUUCGCUCCUUCUCUUCAUUCUCGUCGUAGCGCUCUUCGAUUUCCAUACCCCUUGGUUCGAGGCGCCGCUGUCGACGGAAACUGCGGAGUUCGCGCUCAACGGCACGAGUCCGUUCCGGGACACCAUAUUUGAGACCGCGGGAGUGCUUGCGCAGGCCGCAAAUAACACGGCACAGGCACUGCUGAAGGGCGCAAUGGAUAGCAUGCGCAACAAGACGGCAGAUGCGGUAGGGGCAAGCGGUUCAGGGAACUAUGAGUGGGUAAAAGGUCUGGUGGGUAAGAAAGAGUGGAAGAUCGAGUGCCUGGACAUUUUGGUUCGAAUAUAA